GUGGCCGUGGAGUUGGCCUACAGUACCGCCAAAGCAGGUACUGAACAUUUGAUCAGAAUACUGGCGCUCGAGUUGGGAUCCAAACAAAUCCGAGUCAACACAGUCAAUGUGGGUGCUAUUACUCCGGACGGACAGCCCGAUGGUAACCCUAUUCUAGCUCACAUGCAGUCAAAAGCACCAUUGGCUCGAUUAGGUGUACCCCUGGAUGUGGCCAAAGGUGUGAUAUUCCUGUCAUCGAGUGAUGCCGAUUAUAUUACCGGGGUUAAUCUAGUGGUUGAUGGUGGCAUUAUCUACAACUACCCUCCUUAUUUCAAUUAAAUUAAAUUAACUAUGC